AUGCUUGUGGCCUCAACACGGCACACAGUGACUCAAUCUGAACAGCAGUGGCUGCCAUUGGUAUCCAGGUUCCUGAUAUCAUCAAUAGAAGCGAAUCUCUUCAGAAUCUGGCAGAAGGCUCCUCGUUCUUGGAAUGAGUUCCAGGUUGUGUCCUCACAACUCUAUUCCUUACAUGAGGCAAUGGAGAUGCUAAAAGCUGCCGAGAAGAUGCGCUCUAGGAUUCAGAGAAUUGAACUUGAAAAUUCCAACGUAACUGUCACAACUGAAAAACAAGCAAGAGAAAUGGACGCUCCUGGUGAAGAACUGUUGAGUGCAGGAGUCGAUGUGGUGGAUGCAGCCCUGGAGCAAACACCAGGGGAGACAAGGGAGGAUGCUGCUGCAAUGCCGAGUCACUCGGGGCUGAUGAAGCGUGCAGCUGAGCUCUCUAAAAUGAGAAUGCAAGACGAUUCUUACAAAGUGGAAGUGGAAAAAUACAAGAAACUUUAUCUAAAAGAACUAAGAAGUAACAACGCCUUACUUUCCCUUCUUCAAAAUAGGCCUUGCCAGAGUCCAGAGCGGUCCAGUGCAAAUCUUGAGGAGGAGCUACAGUGGAGCACCUCGGCAGUGGUGGCUCUUGGAGGGCCCCACCCUCAAAUGGCACAUCUAACAAGAAGCAGCAUGGAGCCACAGGGAAAUGUGCCCCACACGCCCAAAGGCCCAGAGGCCGGCUAUGAAUUCCCAGAAACUCCUAGAAGCUGGUCUGAAGAUAGGAAAAGAGUGAAGAGAGAAUUGGUCGACUCCGUACGUUCUCUACUCUGUGCUUUGCACCGAGAAGCAAGGAGGACUAAAGAGUUAGAAACAGAGUUAACUGAAAUGAAGAAGAUCUUUAAUAUGCCUCCAAAGAAAGGGCAUGGGUGUGAAGGCAAAGGGCACCGUCUUCAUGAAGUUUCAAAAGCCAGUCAAGCUGAAAUGAGAGUUCCAGUUACCAUGUUAAGGCUUGAAGGAGAAGCAGCCACUGAAGAAAACUUAGUGUGCAUUCGAGAGAAUCCAAGUGCAUCCUUGACCCAGAUGAAACUUGAAAUGAAAAAGAUCGAAUCUGCCAUCGCUGAAGUGAACACCCAAGAGUACUUGGUUAAAAAAGAGCUGGAAGUAAUUAAGCAGCUCUAUCGAGCAGAGUUAGCACAAAUAGACAGCAUGUCACUGGAAAUGAUCUUCCCUGGAAUAGAGAUUAUCGCAAUUUCGUUCACAAGUAAAUUAGAGUGUAACACUCAAAGCCAGAGACGGGCACAUUUUGAGCCUUUCUCCCGCCAAGUAACUUAUUUUUACGAAAAAGAGGAGCCACUUGAUGGCAGUUCCCAGGGAGGCGAGGGCACCGGAGACAGCCUUCGCUGCUCAGAGUGGCAGUCUGAUGCAGAGGCGGACGUGACAGGGAACUGCAAACUGCAGCUUAUUGAGAUUCUAAUUGGCGCGGAGUAUUCUGGCUUGGCAACUUUCUGGGGCCUUGAAGAGCUGAGUGAGAUGGGGACAGAUGUCGUGGACCAUCUCAGUCGGGCUGUGGCCACUGUGCUGUGUGAUCCUGAGCUGAGGGCAGAUCUGUACCUGCUGCUGUUCUGGACUUGA